AUGCCGCUGCGAAGGAUCGAUUGCGGCAGCAAGGAUUGCUUCGUGCAAGUGACACAAGUGCAGACACACCCGCAGGUGCAGUCAAACACUCGCAAGGUUCGCAUGACAUGUCGAGAAUCACAGCUUGAUCAUCUCCGCAAUUUCAUCUUCUCUGAGGGCGGCCAGCGACUUGCCAUCUACGGCCUCGGUGGCUGUGGGAAGACAGCCCUUGCUCUGGAAAGUAUACACUGGAUGAAAGAACUACAACCAACGCGUGCGAUUUUUUGGAUUCCGGCUCUGUCCCGGGAUAGCUUUGAACACGCUUAUUUCGAUGUUGCGAGGGUGCUGGGUAUACCUGGCAUCGACAAUGACACUGUGGAUGUCAAACAACUCGUCAAGGCCAAGUUGAGUAGUGACACUAUGGGACAUUGGCUCAUGGUAGUUGAUAACGCAGACAACGCAAGCGUCCUCGUCGGCGAUAUUGGGACUGAUGAAUCAGAGGACAAGCUCAUGGAUUAUCUACCUCACAGCCGCAGAGGCACCAUCAUAUUCACCACGCGGACCCGUGCAGCAGCAGUUGAACUGGCUGAGAGUAAUACCUUGGCAUUGAAGGGAUUAGAAAGAGUCGAAGCUAUCGAGCUACUACACAAACGGCUGGGCCCAGGGUACCAUCAGCAACUAGAAGGUCACGAAAAACUACUUCAGCUGCUCUCCUUCCACGCUCUCGCCAUCGUCCAAGCAACUGCUUUUAUCAACAGAAACGAUAUCACCCUUCAGGACUACACUACGUUGUACGAAAGCGGCGAAGACGAUGCCAUUGAGCUCCUCAGCGAAGACUUUGAAGACCAAAAUCGGUACCGCGAAGCGACUAAUGCAGUCGCCAAAACAUGGUACAUUUCGUUUGAGCAGAUUCAGAAACAGGAUCCUGUAGCAGCGGAGCAUUUGUUCUUCAUGGCCUGCACGGCCAGUAACGAUAUUGGCGCAAACAUGUUUCUGCCUUACUACACUAAGAUAGAGCACGUGAAAGCCAUUGGCACGUUGAAAGCUUAUGCCUUUGUCAAUGAGCGAAAUACUCAGAUCGACGCCUCGACGAAAGAUUCGCAGACUUACAAGAGGUUCGACGUCCAUCCACUGGUCCACUUAGCAAUCCGUGCCUGGCUCAAAGCGCAUCAACAAUGGACUGUCUGGCUGGACAAAGCACUGGCACGAUUGGUGGAAAUUAGGCUGGGUGGGAGCUAUAGCGAUCGGAAUUAUUGGCUGGCAUACUUGAAUCAUGGUAUGCACAUGGCAAACUUCUUAGAAGCUAGGAAAAUGGAGAACAGAAUCAGAUUGCUGGAGCAACUAGGUUCGUGCGAGGUCGAUUUAGGCCGGUAUCGAGCAUCUGAGCAAAGCUUCCUGCAGGCCUAUGAGCAGACAAGAGAUACUUUUGGCGAAGGAGAUCUGAAGACGCUAAUAACGAGAGGAAAUUUGGCAAGAGCUAUCGACUUCCGAGGGAGAUGGACGGAAGCAGAGAAAAUACUUCGAGAAGUCGUGUCACUAUUGAGGAAGGAGGUAGGUGAGAAGUCUCCACAUACGCUUACCUUCAUGAACACCCUGGUGGGGAAUAUCUUACGGCAGAGGAAACUGGACGAAGCAGAGAAGAUGGUCAGAGAAUGCCUCCCAAUGUACAGAGACGUGUUUGGAGAGUCCAAUGAUAGGACACUCACAGCCAUGAACCAGUUGGGUUCGAUAAUGCGCGACAGGGGGUGCCUUGAAGAUUCUGAAAAGAUAUUUCGAGAGACACUGGCAUUGUCUUCUACAGCGUUUGGUGAGGAGGACAAGCUGACCCUCAGCACUCUCCAUCAACUAGGCGCAACAUUGGAACGCCAAGAAAAGUUUGCACAAGCACAAGUCAUUUACAGACAAGUGCUAGCUGGGAAAAGAAAGGUGUUUGGAGAAGAUCACCCGGUGACAGCGGUCAGCAUGAACAACCUGAGCGCAUCACUUCGUCGCGAAUACACGGAACCUGCCAAGCUGGCGGAAGCAGAGCAACUUCAGAGAAAGGCACUCUCACUCGCUGUAGAAGAAGCUGGAGCCGAGAGUCGAUAUACAUUGAUGCAAAAAUCUGCACUAGCCGACACCUUGCGAGCACAGCUCAAGUACGCCGAGUCGAUACACAUGCACCAGGAGACGCUUGCAUCGAAGGAGAAAAUAUUGGGCAAAGACGACCCCGCUACUAUCGACAGUGUGUUCAGCCUAGCUACACUGGCCCUUGAUCAGAUGCAGUAUGAAGAAGCUCUACCUCUUUUUCAACGCGCGUACGCGUGGUACAUGGAUAGAACUGGCUUGGGUCCGGCGGGUGAUGGAGGAGGAUAG